AUGGCUUUGGGUCAAUUUGCUUCAGUUCCUCCAGUCGAAUUAUUUAGGAAAAUGUGCCCGUCUCUUGCUGGAAUCGGCACAGUUAUGUUAGCUCUAUUAAUGUUUAAAGCAAUUUCAAUGGCUGCUGAUUCUACUCAAGCUAUUUUGUCUGCAUUAUAUACAAUACGUGAAGGUUUUAGAAGUGGGGGACCUUUAUGGAAUAAUUGUACAUUUUCUGGUUCUAGUCAUCUUUGCUUUAGACGUAGCUAUACUCAAUGUUAUGAAAUUAUUCAAAGCAACACUUCACAUACACUCGCAGAAUUUAAUUCAUUAAAUUGUCAUGGGUGGAUUCGUGGUCUUGAUAUAAUUUAUAAUGUUUCGUCAAAGCAAAGAUGGAGAAUGUGGAGACCGCCACACUUGGAUUUUAUUACAGCAAAUGUUUAUAUGCCAAUCUGGCAUCAAAAAGAGUGGUUCUUUCCUUUUAAAUCAGGCGCAAUUUUGCUCAUUAUUUGGACAGUUACGGGAUUUUUAAUUUAUAUUGGAAUCAGAAAAUUGGGAAAAACAUUUGUUUGUUUAAAAGGAAUUAUUGGUGUUGCAAUGCUUUUGAAUAUGUUGAUGAGUUUGUAUUAUACACCAGCAGACGCUGAUUGGCAUGAAUUUUUUAAAUUUGAUUUGUCUCCUUUAUCAAGCUUUGGAAUUUGGGCAGACGCUGUUGGUUUUGUAAUUGUUUCUUUAGCUUUGGGUACUGGUUCUGUACAAAAAAUUAGCAGCCUGUCUGAUUUUAAUGAGAAUUUUUUCUACAAUGCUUUAAUUACAAGUGCUGCUGAUAUAUUAUUUAGUUUAAUAUCUGGAAUUACUCAUUUCUCUUCAAUUGCUUCAAUGGCUCAUAGAAUAUAUCCGGAAGAUGAAAUACCCCAUAGAAUUAAAUUUAUGUUUACACAUGAACACGUGACGGUAUAA